AUGAUGCUUUCUCACAAACUAAACGGAUCAAGGCCUUUUGAUUCUGACCCAGUGUCAGAUCACCGGCCACCUUACUGUGCAUCGAUUAAAGUGGAGGAUGUAACGCUAAUCUCGUUGGAUAAACCACCCCAAGUGCUAGAAUCCUUACCCGAGCCACUUGUUUUGCUAUUAUCAUACAUACGGGAUCAUUUGACUGAGCCCUCUGGAGAAACUCGCCCCGAUAAACGUGUAUCUGAUGUACCUUCUGUCUUGGUGCUACCCAGUUCUAACCUUAGCCCCUAUGUGCAAGUACCACUAGCAGGGAUCCUCUUGGAUUACUCGUUUGUUUACGUUCCUCUCCCUCGGGAAGAAUCGCAAGAAAAUGAAGCCUUUCUUUCAGGCGAAGCCCUCGACGUGUUCGAAGUUUCGCUGAAGUCCUCUGAAACUACAGAGUCGCUACAGCUCAUGAAGUUCUCGUGCCCAUCGGAGUUUUCUAAUCCGGGAUCAAUGGCCACGAGCACCCUAACCGCGAUCCAUGAGCGUUUAGCUCCAACGAUCCAGCAUCUGAACUCUAACAUGGAUGGGAGCCAAGGCCCUUCCUGGGAAAUUGUUUGCAACUUAUCCCAUGUAACUCUGGAGCGGGUAGCGCUUUGA